CUUACAGGGACUCGUCAAACGGCCAGAAGCUUGCGCAGUAGUAUGCCUCUGAAGGGGGAAAUAGUCGAAGAUGCGGAUACUAUCUUGGAACAUUAAUGGGGUCAGAACUCUCCCUCAGUAUCACCCAUGGAACACGUUCAAGACGUUCGAGGGGAUUCUGGACGAGCUCAAAGCGGACAUCAUAUGCUUCCAGGAAAUGAAGACAUCUCGCGCCUCCCUCCAGCCGUCUGCCGCCCUCCCCGGCCGCUUCGACGCGUUCUUCUCCUUCCCCGCGAACAAAGGCGGCUACAGCGGCGUCGCCGUCUACACCGACUCGCGCACCGUCGUCCCGCUCAAAGCCGAAGAGGGCCUCUCGGGCCGCAUCCAGCCCGCGCUCAAACCGCCCCUCGCCCCCGCCGAGCGCAUCUCCGCCGCCUACCCGCAAGCGCACGAGCUCGCUCUCUUCACCGACGCGCCCGACCGCACGCCCACGGACCCGGGCGCGCUGGACGCCGAGGGCCGCGCGCUCGCGCUCGACGUUGGCCUGUUCGUCCUCGUGAACGUGUACUGCCCGAACGAGACGAGCGACGCGCGCCUCCCGUUCAAGAUGGACUUCCACCGCAUGCUGCAGGCGCGCGUCGCGCAGCUGAUCGGGGAGCGGCGCGAGGUCGUGGUCGUGGGCGAUAUGAAUAUCUGCGCGGCGCCGCUGGACCACUGUGACGGGCACCUGCCGAGCCAUGCGAGUGUGUUCUACGACCACCCGGCAAGGCGGUGGUUCAGGGACUGGCUGGCGCCGAAUGGGCCGAUGGUGGAUGCGGUGCGGGAGUUCUGGCCGGAGCGGGAUGGGAUGUAUACCGUUUGGAACAUGAAGCUCUGCGCGCGCGAGACGAACUACGGUACCCGCGUCGACUACAUCCUCACCACGCCCGGACUCACAAAGUGGCUCAAGGGCGGCAACACGCUCCCGUCCGUCAAGGGGUCUGACCACUGCCCCAUCUACGUGGACCUCCACGACGAGAUCACGCUCGAGUCAGGCGAGGUGGUGAAAUUGCGAGACGCCAUGCAGUUCGGGACGAGGACGGAGCCCCCGCGCCUGGCGUCCAAGUUCUGGCCCGAGUACUCUGGGAAACAGAAACUGCUCUCCUCCUUCUUCUCCAAAGGGGGAACCGACACAAUAUCCAAGUCACCCUCUCCGCCUCAACUGAAGGCAUCAUCGCCUUCGACCAUUAUUGGACCAUCGCGGUCCACCCAGCCGCUGCCACCACCACCCACUGCCUCGAGCAGCAAAUCGAGCAUCAAGCCAUCACCGUCUCCGUCCACCUCCCAUCCGUCGAGACCGCUCAAGAGAAAAUCCUCUGGUCCCCAAUCGGCAGAAACCUCCUCGAGCAACAGCACUUCCCAAUCCAAGAAGCGCAAACCCGGUCAGGCCAAGCUCUCCAGCUUCUUCACCAAGCCCCCCGCCAAGUCGGCGUCAUCGUUAGAGGUAGUGGUCGUAGACGACGACAACGACGACCCCGAGGGAGGAGGGACGGAACACCAAUUGCACGCUGAUUACCUCCUCGCGUGCGAGCUCUCCGCGUCACAGCAAGACCUGGUCGAACAGUCCGCAGAGGCGGGGCAAGACAAAGGCAAAGGCAAAGGCAAGGAAGCUUGGUCGCAGCUCUUCGCGCCCGUCGCCCCGCCGAAAUGCACUAUCCACCGCGAGCCCGCCAAGCUGUUCACCGUGAACAAGCCCGGGCCCAACAAGGGCAAGACGUUUUACAUUUGUUCGCGGUGA